UUUCCCCCCUCUGUUUUGGAGAACUUUCCGACUUUGCUGUCCUCCCAAGUAGGCUAUCUAGAAUUUACCUGUGAAUCUUUUGCACUGUGAGAAGGAUGUUGAAGCGGACUUGCGUCCUACUGGUGGCUGUAAUGUUACUGUGGGGCGACUAUUGCUGGGGAUCAAAAGUUAAAGUGUCAAGAAAGAUGACACGGCAACGGCCAUGCUUGGAUAUUCCAGAGGAAAUUCUUGAACAGAUGUUUGGGAGACUUUCGGUGGGGGUCUUUAGCGCCUUUCAUCACACACUGCAGCUUGCAUCGGCUGAGCGACUGAAUAUGACAUGUCCCUCUGGUCGUCGCUUGACAGAGGACAGAAAGUCGCGCAUUCCUGUGAAUCUCCUCAGUAUUUCUCCGUGGGCUUACAGGGUCUCCCACGACCCGGCGAGGUACCCACGCUACAUCCCGGAGGCUUACUGCUUGUGUAAAGGAUGCUUGAACGGUCCUUACGGCCAGGAGAGCGAGCGCUAUCGCAGCACUCCGGUCUACAUGCCGUCGGUGAUCCUGCGUCGCACGGGCAUGUGUAUGGGUGGCCGUCACUCUUACACGGAGACCUACAUCUCGGUUCCGGUUGGUUGCACGUGCGUACCGUUGCUGGAAAAAGAUAGGCAAGCACCGAGGACCAACCAAAGUCUGGACAGCACCAAAGUCAAGCCAGGCCAGAAGACGUUCCAUACCAAGCCCAUUCGGAAGAACAACUAGAAAAUGUAUGGAGACCCUAUGCCCGUGCCACGUUAUGACCAUACAAAUUUUAUACUGAAAUGUGAGAAUCCCAGCAACCAUAGCGGGCUUUUGGGUCUGUCCAGUGGUGAUACACAGUGACACCUGUUGAUCAAAAAGUCUCAUGUCAGCUCUUCCUUACUAGAAAGUAAGUUCCUGUGAAGCAGGCGCAAAUUAAUAUUCUGAAUGAAAGGUAUCCACAGCUGAGGGCCAGUUCUCAGUAAUGGGAUGAACCUGGCUGACUAUGACAUGCACCACUGUUGGUGCAAGCCAAUAAAAGGAAAUAGUCUAGGAAUUAAACUAACUGCAAUCUGAGAUGUGAUGGAAGUUCAUGGUGCCAGUGUUUGGAGAUUAUUGAAGACAAAAACAUUACGGGUAAAAGUGGUAAUAUAUCAGAAGUAAAACUUCUUUCACAGACUGUGGCUUAAUGUAUUCCUUAUACAAUUUAAAAUCCACAUUGUUUCCAUUUUUAUUUAUCCUAUUUGUACAUGAGUGACCCAUGUU